AUGGAGAAUAAUCUACCAGUCAAUAUUCGCGAGUAUCAAGAACUCGCCAAGAAAGCACUGCCAAAGAUGCACUAUGAUUAUAUCAAUGGAGGAGCAGAGGAUGAACACACAUUGAGGGACAACAUUGCAGCAUAUGGAAGAAUUUUGUUGCGACCUCGGGUUCUUGUAGAUGUCAGCAACAUAGACAUGUCGAUAAACUUAUUGGGAUAUGACAUGCCCUCGCCCAUAAUUGUUGCACCAACAGGAUCACACAAAUUGGCAAAUCCAGAAGGGGAGGUGGCUACAGCAAGAGCUGCAGCAUCAUGUAAUACCUUAAUGGUGCUAUCCUUCUCAGCCAGUUGCAAAAUCGAGGAAGUUGCCUCCAGUUGUAAUGCGAUUCGUUUUUAUCAGUUAUAUGUUUUUAAAAACAGGGAUGUUUCAGCAACAUUGGUGCGGCGGGCUGAGAGUCAUGGAUUCAAAGCAAUUGUUUUAACAGUUGACACUCCUAUGCUCGGUCGACGUGAAGCAGAUAUCAGAAAUAAAAUGGUUGCUCCUGCGAAUGCAAACCUCGAAGGUUUGAUGCCAAUAGAUGAUCUUGAUACUACAGGCGGGUCGAAGCUUGAGAAGUAUGCGCGCGACACUCUGGACCCGUCUUUAUCAUGGAAGGACGUGGAGUGGCUGAAAUCCAUAACCAGCCUGCCCAUUCUACUGAAGGGCAUCGUGACCGCCGAGGACGCCAGGAAAGCAGUGGAGGCCGGGGCAGCAGGCAUCAUCGUGUCCAACCACGGCGCUCGGCAGCUCGACUACGCGCCGGCCACCAUAUCCGCCCUCGAAGAGGUAGUGAAGGCGGUGGUGGGGGCGGUCCCGGUGCUGGUGGACGGCGGAGUCCGGCGGGGGACCGACCUGCUCAAGGCGCUGGCGCUGGGUGCGCGGGCAGUCAUGGUGGGGAGGCCGGUGCUGUACGGGCUGGCAGCGAGGGGCCAGGCGGGGGCGAAGCACGUGAUCGAGAUGCUCAACAGGGAGCUGGAGCUGGCCAUGGCGCUCUGCGGCUGCCGGAGCGUUGCCGAGAUCACCCGUGACCGCGUCCAGACCGAGGGCGACCGGUUCAGGUCGCUGCUCUGA